AUGUUAAACUUGAUGCCUGCUUCGAAAUCAAGGAUCCGCCUCUUCACCGUGACCCAUCCCAAUAAACGCCGUCAAAUGACAAGAGCCAUUCCGGAAGUUCGCACCCCGAUUACAAUCUUUGCAGAUGAUGAUGUGAGCUGGCCGCGCACCGUACUUCCCUGGAUUUUAGCUCCCUUUGAGAAAGAUGAGCGUUACGGAGGCGUGGUCACAUGCCAGCGACUUCGUCGUGCUGUUGCGCCGACCAUGUCUCAGCGUAUUUGGGGAUUCCUUGGCGCUCUCUACCUGGAAAGAAGGAACUUCGACUGCGCAGCCACGACGCAUAUCGAUGGCGGGCUCCCUUGCAUGUCAGGGCGGAGUGUUGCAUACAGAACAGACAUCCUUCAGAAUGAAGGCUUUACUUAUGGUUUCACCAACGAAGAAUGGUGGUUUGGGAAAUACCAAUUGAAUGCCGACGAUGACAACUUCAUCACUCGCUGGAUGGUAUCGCACGGGUGGGAGACCUUCAUGCAGUACCACCCCGAAGCCGAAGUUCUUACGACGUUGGAAGAUAACCCUAUCUUCCUGAAGCAAUGCGCCCGGUGGUCACGAAGCAACUGGAGGAGCAACCUUACGAGCAUGUUCCAUGAGAAGCACAUUUGGUAUCGCCAGCCUUGGAGCGCAUACGCCGUCCAUCUGACAACCCUGUCGCCUCCGGCUCUUUUGGGUGACUUGCUGCUUGUUUUAUUAUGCCAUAAAGCCACGGCGUCUUGGGAUGAAAGCUCGCACCUCAUGGCCAUGCAAGCCCUCGGCGUAUGGAUGUUUAUCAGCAAGUUUAUCAAACUUUUGGGCCAUUACAUCCGAUACCCGGUUGAUGUCUUGUUACUGCCUGUGUCCAUACUUUUUGGGUAUUUCCACGGAGCAAUCAAGAUGUACGCAGUGCUAACACUCAAUGUGGUCUUGAAACCCACUUCGUGGAGCCCUGCGCUUUUAGCCCAGAUGCUACCUCAAGAUGAGUUCUAG